CAACAAUCGUUUGGACGCCAGACCAAGAUGAGCAAAGAGAGGCGCAGCGACGUGAAUGAGUUGAGGCAACUCAUCCGGUCUCCCGAGGUCCAGAAGGACCCGACCAAGUACCGGGAGGCCGUGGAAAAAGUCAUCUUGUACAUGACCCUUGGCGUGGACGUCUCCAGGCUCUUCAGCGAGAUUGUUCUGGCCAGUGCCACGCGCGACCUGGUGCAGAAGAAGCUGGUGUACCUGUACCUGUGCAACUAUGCAGAAUCAAACACAGACCUUGCCCUGCUCACCGUCAACACCUUGCAAAAGGAUUGUCGUGACACCAACCCCGUCAUCCGCGGCCUUGCCCUUCGUUCCAUGUGCAACCUGAGGGUGCCGAAUCUGGUUGAGUAUCUCAUCUCCCCGCUGCGGGACGGCCUGUCGGACUCGUCUGCGUAUGUGCGCAAGACCGCCAUCAUGGGCUGCGUCAAGCUUUUCUACCUCGACGAAAACGCCGUCGAUGACAACAGCAUUCCGGAUGCGUUGUACAGCAUGCUCUCCGACCGCGACCCGCAGGUCGUUGCAAACGCCGUCAUCGCCCUCGAAGAGGGCGCGUGUCGGUUUUUCCUGCGCCUGACGGACAAGUUUGAGGACAUGCACGAUGACAUUUACGACCGGCUCAAGGUUCCGCUGAUCACGCUCAUGUCGUCAUCGGCGUCAGAGCUGUCUUACACCGUGCUCCACCACAUCCACCUCCUCAUUAAGCGCCGCCCACACAUCUUCGCGAACGACUACAAGGCGCUGUUCUCGCGGUUCACGGAUCCGGCGUACGUGAAGGCGAAGAAGUUGUCCAUCCUGACGGACAUUGCGGACGAGAGCAACGUCGAAAAGAUUGUGGAGGAGCUCGCAGCGUGCGUCACAGACAUUGACGUGGACAUGGCAAGGCGUGCUGUUCGUUCUGUGGGCAAAAUCGCCAUCAAGCUCCCCGCCGCCAUUGCCAACAUCCUCAAGGCCCUGCUGGCGUUCCUUGAGCUGCGGUCCCCGUAUCUCACUGCAGAGACGCUCGUCGUCAUGCGCGACAUUCUCCGCAGGUACCCCGGGGAGGCUGACGGGCUUGUGCCCCAGCUGUACGACCUCGUUGAUCUUGCCACGCUUGACGACGAGCCCGAGGCGCGGGCGGCGCUGGUGUGGCUCCUCGGCGAAUUUGGCCAGCUGCUGGAGGAGGGGCCGUAUGUCCUCGAAUCGUUUAUCGACGACGUCAACAGCGAGAAGUCGCCAACCGUCCGACUCCAGCUGCUGACGUCUGCUGUGAAGCUGUUCUUCAAGCGGCCACCUGAGAUGCAGAAGAUGCUUGGGCGGCUGUUUGACUCGAUCAUCUCCGAUGAGAUGCACCAGGACGUGCAUGACCGCGCCCUCCUCUACUACCGCCUCCUCAAGACAAACUACGCCGAGGCCCAGCGGGUGAUUGCGGGGACGCAGCAGACGGUGCAGGAGUUUGUGCUGUUUGAGCCCGAGAGCAACGAGGAGGUCUUCCGCGAGUUCAACUCCCUCUCCGUCAUGUACAGCCAACCGCGCACGCUCGCGCUUCCCGUCUACGCCAUUUGGGGUGGCCUCAUGUACAUUCUCCUCUCAGGCGAGUUUGUCACUGCCGAGCAGCACGCCAUGUUGCAGACCCUGUGCAUUCCCGUUGCCGCGUUCAGCCGCGUGACCCAGAUUGCCACCAUCAUGCGCAACAAGUGCACGGGCCAGCUCUCUGUCAUCACCACGGGCCUCAACUUUGCCGGCGCUGCAGCCCGCGUCCUGACCACCCUCAAGGAGGUUGACGACCUUGUUACCUUGGCCAACUAUCACGCCAAGAAGCUCAAGGAGAAGAAGACCAAGUAG